AUGAGUGAACACAACUGCAGUCAGCGAUGGCUUCGACGCGAAGACCCGAUGGAAGACACGGCAGACGCGGACGACAUGACCACACCGUUUGAUCUGAACCUCAUUCACGAUAUCCAAAAUCGCCGCCAUUUGUAUCGAUUGAUGACUUCAUCGCUUUGUCCGCAAAUAUAUGGCCACCAAAUGGUUAAGUCGGCGCUCGUGUUGGCCCUCAUGAGUGGCGCCCAGAAGAGCGACCGCUUCGCACCGCAGAUGACGACCAGCGGUUCCGUUCACGUCCUGCUCUUCGGAGAUCACGGCUCCAACAAAGACCUACUCCUCAAGAGUGUCCACUCGUGCGCUCCGAACGGCCAUUACGUGUGCGGAAGCGCUUCGACCAUCAAAUGUCUCACAAGUCGUCUGAAGCGACACAAAGGCAAAGAUGUGCUCCAAAACGGAUCACUUGUGUCGCGACAAAUGGGCAUUUGUUGUGUCGACGACUUCGAGAGUUUGGAUAGCAGUCAACAACAGGCGGUCCACGAAGUGAUGGACUCACAGACCCAUUGGUUCUGUUGUAAGGAUCAGAUGAAGCGCUCGACGGCUAACACAUCCAUAAUAGCGGCCAUCAAUCCAACGGACGGCGCAUUCAAUGACAGUUUGAAUGUCUGGCAAAACACGAAACUCAAGAAACCCUUAUUAUCUCAAUUCGAUCUCAUCUUCGGUUUAACCGAUACUCCCGACGAAGAGUUGGACUCAAAGCUGUCCAAAGAUGUGCUCACUUCGCACAACCCAUUGGCCGAAACCAGUGGCCAAACAUCGCAGCAAAAGUUCUGUUCCCAAAGAGUGAAGAGCGAGAGAAAUCAGUUCCGAUCACUUGAUUGCCAACUCAUGUCGAAACUGGUGUUCGACGCCACCGAAGAGGAGCCCACACUUAUUCCUCACGAGUCGAUCAAACAUUAUGUCGAUUACGCGCAACAAUUCAUUCAUCCGGUGAUCGAUAGCACCGCUCAACAGCUGUUGAAUGAGUUCAGCGCCGAAAUGGCGAACACAGAGAUUAGCAAAUCUAUGACCAAAAACUUGCAGACACUCUACCGCUUGACUGAAGCCAGAGCUCGACUCGAACUGAGACCUGUGGCCACUGAAGAGGACGCCCGCGAUGUCAUUGAUAUCAUUAAGUUUUCUAUCGGAAAGGAUUAUUUGGUCCCUAAUUUGGUUCAAGAUGUGAUCAAAUCGAGUCAAAUGUCUUUCAAGGGUUCCAAUAAAAGACAAAACACUAAAAACUUGUUGAAAGCUUUGCAGACAUUCAGUGGACAGAAUCAGCAAAAGGUGUUUACAAUCGACCAAAUAAUAGGCAUUUGUUCCACAUUUCAAAUACCGUUUGACACAAAAGAUGACAUUUUGCAGGCAAUCGAUAGACUAAACAACGAAACGCUAAUCAUUAAAAACGGAUCUAAUUAUAAAUUGCUUUAA